CCGUGAUCAGGAUGAAGCUACUCCGCGGUGGACCGAUCGAGUACUUUCUGUUCCUCUUCUGUCUUCCAGGCUGCCUCGCCGCUCAUGGUCGCUACGCCCAGAAGCUGUUGAGUGACUUGUUCUCCAACUACACCAACGCCUUGCGCCCGGUGGAGGACACCAACCACAUCAUCAACGUCACGCUGCAGAUCACGCUCUCCCAGAUCAUCGACAUGGACGAGCGGAACCAAAUCCUGACCACCUACCUGUGGAUCCGCCAGGUGUGGAUGGACACCUACCUCACCUGGAAGAAGGAGGACUACGAUGGCCUGGACACCAUCCGCAUCCCCAGUAGCUACGUCUGGAGACCGGACAUCGUCCUGUACAACAGUGCCGACGACCAGUUCUCCAGCUCCAUGGAGACCAACGUGGUUCUCCGUAACGAUGGCCAGGUCAUGUGGGACCAGCCGGCCAUCACCAAAAGCUCCUGCUCCGUGGAUGUAGCCUUCUUCCCCUUUGAUUUGCAGCAGUGUCACCUCACCUUUGGGUCCUGGACUCACAACGGCCACCAGAUGGACCUGUCCAAUGCCUUGGACAGCGCCGACCUGGCCGACUUCGUCCCCAAUGUGGAGUGGGAGGUUCUGGGCAUGCCGGCAAAGAAGAACGUCAUCCAGUAUGGUUGCUGUUCAGAUCCGUACCCAGACAUCACCUUCAGCCUCAAUCUGAAGAGACGAUCCUCCUUCUAUAUCUUUAACCUCCUCAUUCCCUGCAUGAUGAUCUCCUUUUUGGCUCCGCUGGGCUUCUACCUGCCGGCAGACUCUGGUGAAAAGGUCUCUCUGGGUGUCACGGUGCUGCUGGCCCUCACCGUGUUCCAGCUGCUGGUGGCUGAGAGCAUGCCGCCCUCGGAGAGCGUCCCACUGAUAGGAAAGUACUACAUUGCCACCAUGACGAUGGUCACUGCAUCCACAGCGCUCACCAUCUUCAUCAUGAACAUCCACCACUGUGGCCCCGAGGGUCGGCCCGUCCCCCGGUGGGCCCAGCGCUUCAUCCUCAACUACCUCGCCCGCAUCUGCUUCAUCUACGAGGUCGACGGGAACUGCCUCGGCAGGACGCCGUCCAGGAAGAAGCCUCCGUCGCAGGAGGAGUCGGACGCCUCGCCGGCCAACACCAAGAGGACCAACUGGGACGCGAACGGGCAAGUGAUGGCGGGGAGGGUGGAGGAGGAGGAGGAGGAGGAGGGCGCCGGGGAGCCUCUGAAGCCGGGCCGGGAUCUGACCACCCAGACGGAAUGGAAAGAGGAUCUGUUCGUGACCAUCGACCACUCGGAGGAGGGAGGAGCUGCUGGAGGUGGUGAGGGGGAAAGAGAGGAGGCCAACAGCGGAGGAGAGUGGGGAGGCGGAGCCAGAGGGAGCAGGAAGGAGAUGCUGGUGAAGACCCUGUGCGUCUGUCAGCACAUGGGGCUGCGCAGGGACGUUGAGUACAUUGCCAACUCGUACCAGGACCAGCGGGCUGGGCAGCUGCGCAUCGGUGAGUGGAGGAAGGUCGCCAAGGUCAUGGACCGCUUCUUCAUGUGGCUCUUCUUCAUCAUGGUCUUCUUCAUGAGCAUCCUAAUCCUGGGAAAGGCUAUCUGA